AUGACAGCUUGUACUUCCCGGACGAUAAGCUCGAUAACGCACCAAAAACCCAAGCACAAGGGGCAGCGACUGUGCAUUAUCGCCGGAGUUUUGGACGAAGGAGCCGACGGGUCCAAGCUACUUACGACGCGGGUCUUUCGCGGCGGCCGACGCCAGCCCAAGGACUAUCACUCAAUGUUUGACCACGACUAUUUCGUCGAUUGGAUCAAGCAGCUCAUGGACGAGUUGGACUUACUCGGCAAGACAGGUGCUGUCAUUGUGAUGGACAAUGCGUCGUACCACAAUGGGCUACCGCUUGCAACCCCGAAAGGCACCUGCAAGAAGCUGGACCUACUGGAAGCUUGUCAGCGUGUUGGGGUCGACGCUACGCCAGAUGAAUACAGAACGGUCAUAUGGGCGAAGCUGCAAGCGUACAUCAAGCAUAAUGUCAUACCCGAAGUCGUUACGCUUGCUCGCUCCCGUGGAUAUGAGGUUGUCUACACGCCACCCUACCAUUCAGAUCUCCAACCAAUCGAGUACAUUUGGGCUUACGUGAAGGGGAUCGUCGACCGGCAAUAUACCACGGAGAUUACGAUGGAGCAUGUCCGGUGGCUUUUGGACAUUGCUCAUACGAAGAAGAAAGUGUCUGAACUGAGUGCAUACCUUGUCGAGCUGGAUGCUGCCGAUGAAGCUGCGAAUGAACCCGCGCUGCCUGGAGUAGACGAGUCAAGUGUCGAUGAAGACAGUGACGACGACCAGAGCAUUCUUACGGAUAUCGUUGUCUAA